ACAGAAAUCAGAUCCUUCAACACGAAUCCAGGCUCAUUUGGAAAUUCGUAGGUUUGUGUUUGUAGUAUUGAAAACAGCCUUAGAGCAAGAUGCAAAAUCAAAAAUCGGUUAAUCGAACAAAGGUGCACGAAAAGGUCUAGCUUGUAUUUGUGAUCCAUCUUUCUUCGGUUCUGACAAAUGGACUUUCCUUUCUGCAAAAAACCUGAAUUACAUUACAUCAUUAACAAUGUCAAUAACAGCAUUCAAUUUCGAUCUCUUAGCAGUUUUUUCAGUCAAGGUGUCAAGGCGAAGUCUCUAUCUGGAUUCUAUUCAUUGCACCCCAUCCACCUGCAAGCUGACGAAACAGACUCUGGCUUAUCCAGACAAGUGUUCAACAUCUUAGACUAGAAAAUUGAUAAGCAAAAAAUUGAUAACAAACACAAUUUUUUUCUAAAAAAUUUUUCAAUUCAAAUUCAAAACUUCGAAACGUAUCUCUGAAUAGUUAUUAGUGAACCUGGACAUGCAAAAUAUCAAUGGCUCUUCAAGACAUAUUAUUUGAAUUCCUGCAUCAUGAAAUAGUCGCUUAUUUCAAUGAAAAACAAGACAAGGAGAAAGAAGAUGUUUCUGAUUUAGAGUAUAUUGGUUACUCAUGCGGUUACCGUAUUGUCGAGAGAUUAACCAAAGACUGGCCCCGUUUCAAAGAAGAACUCGACAUGCUGAAAUUUCUCUGCACUGAUUUCUGGUCUUCCAUUUACAAAAGACAAGUUGAUAAUUUACGAACUAAUCAUCAAGGUGUUUACGUUCUACUCGACAACGAUUUUAGAUUUUUCAGUCGAAUGUCCUCUGGAAAUCAGUAUUUGGAACAUGCUCCUUUGUACGUGACAUUCACUUGUGGGUUGGUAAGAGGAGCGUUAGCAAAUUUAGGCCUUAACUGCGUCGUAUCAGCGGAAGUUCAUUCAUUACCUGCUUGUAAAUUCAACAUCAGGGUUCAAAAGUCUUGAACUUGAAGUAUUUUCCCAAAUUGUCGCCUUUUUGAAAAAUGGCUGAAGAUUGUCGUUCUUGUUUUUUCGACAAAAAUUUCCAAAAAGUCUUGGUUUCCUGCUUAAACUGCCAGUCUUGGUUUUCUCUGUAAAUUGACAAGAAAAAUUUCAUUUUUUUCCCCAAAAAUUCCAAAAAAAACUCAAUAGCUAAAAAGCGUUUUCUUUGCUAAAAUUGCCAAAAUCUUGCAUUUUUCCAAAAAUUGUCAAAAAUUCUCACAUUUUCACAAAUUAUUAAAAAUUUUGCUUCUUAGCAAAAUGCUAGUUUUUUAAAAUAAGAUUCCAAAGUCUCACAUUUCUCCAAAAGUUGUCCAAGUCUCUCUUUUUCAACAGAAAUUUCGAAAAAAUAUGAUCAUUUUUUGGCUCCCAAUAAUUACAUGAAAAAAAGGCCCUAUUUUAUUCUAAAAUUGUCAUAGUUUUGCACUCUUGCUCUUAUACUUUUUUUUACAAAAAUGUUUUUUAGCAAAAUUGCUAAGAUUUUUUUUUCAAGAAUCAUGCGAAAAUCUUCGUUUUCUUUUUGCUGAAAGGUAUUUCCAAAAAUUGGCAAACGUUUCGCAUUUUUUUUUAGUUUAGCAAAAAGUUGUAAAAUCAGUUCAACUCAUGAAAAUUGAUUUUGUUGGUCAUUUUCCCCUGUAUUAAAAUGUUUUUUUACUAUUUUUUUUUGAAAAAAUCGAGUACGAGUUUUGAUUGGUACUCUAUUACUUUCGUUCAUUGUAAACAUAUUGUUUUUAUACUGUAAUAUUUUCGUUAUCGUUAUCAAAUAAUAAGGAAAUACAUUAUUCAUUCCAUUAA